UAUCUAUGUAUCUAUUUCAUUGCUGAUUGGCCAAACACAUUACGUUCAUGAUUCCCCAAUAAUCUCCUUCAAAACUAACACUAACCAUUCAUCAAACACCUACAAGGCAUAAACAAAAUUCACACUUUUACUUCCUUUCUUCUUCAACCCAUGGCUGCAUCUUUCACUCUCUCCCACUUCUCACUCUCACUGCCUAACAAGGUCCCAAGAAGAAGAACAACAACAUGUGUUUCCAUUAGAGCCAUGUCAGAAACAACUUCUUCUUCUUCAGAAACAACUUCUUCUUCAGCUUCAACUUCAGUAACAUUUGCAGCUCCACCGAAUUUCAAGCCUCCUGAACCAAAACGCUUUGCUGUGAGACCUGACAAGACUGCUGAGGUCUUUGGAGCUGUUCUUCCAUUGCUCCUUCGCUUUGCUACUGGUGUUUUUGUUUCUGGGUAUUCUUUCUCAUUUGUUUCAAAGGAUGAAAUUCCACCAAAUCAGUAUGCUUUGGAAGUUUCAGGCUACAAGGUAAAAGAAACAGCGAAGUUAGGUCCUCGCCCAGAGAAGCCUAUUGAGAUAUACGAAUUCGAAGGCUGUCCAUUUUGUCGAAAGGUUAGAGAAAUUGUUGCCAUUUUGGAUCUUGAUAUUCUUUUUUAUCCUUGUCCGAGAAACGGCCCAAAUUUUCGUCCCGUUGAUCCAAACACAGGUGUUUCAAUGUAUGAAUCAGAUGACAUAAUUCGUUAUUUGGUUGACAAAUAUGGUGAUGGAAGUGUUCCUAUUACUUUGUCACUUGGAAUUUUAACGACACUCACUGCUGGUCUUGGCUUGCUUGCUCGCGCCGGAAAGGGAUCAACUUAUACUCCAGCAAAGUUACCACCAAAGCCACUUGUAUUAUGGGCAUAUGAGGGGUCUCCAUUCUGCAAACUUGUACGCGAAGUAAUUGUAGAAUUGGAGCUACCACACUUGCUUAUCAAUUGUGCUCGAGGUAGCCCGAAACGACAGAUAUUAUAUGAGAAAACUGG